AAGCUCGGAGGCAGAGCAAUCUCAAAUGACUCUUCUCCUCGGAAUGAUACGCGCACCACAAGACCAGGAGACGAUGAUUUCGUCAAAGUACGUGGAAUCUUCUUCCGAUCAGAGAGCGAAUUUGUGCAAAGACAUCAAGUCGUUGCGGGAUGAGAUCAUCCUAGAGAGCCGUGAAUGAUGAGAACAGAAAUUUCGCAGCAAACCAUCUAGAAGUCGAGAGUUCCACAGCUGGUCUACGCACGCAAGUGAAUGUGACACAUCCAACCUCCGCAAAGUUCGCUCGGCCCGGAAUCACGAGCACCUUCGAAUUACUGCCGAUCAAACCGACGGAUGCAGUACUGCCACGCCACAUUUCGGUUUGACCUCGAGGUGAUGAUCGUCGCUCGGUGCCGCAUCGAGUGCCUCCGGGGCAGAAGAACUCGAUGGCGAGAUCACGAUUCCGCCUCAUCACCAUCGUCGAGUCUCGAGGGUUCUCCAGGCGAAGUCAAAUGUCGCCCUUGAAUAGUCGGUCGGGUCUCGCUGUUCAACACGAACCUCGUCAUCGCCUUCUUGUCAUCUUCUCCAUCUCCACGUCACAACUCUCGAUCCCAGCCCAGUAACAGAACAAAGCUUCGACGCGGGCAAAUCGAUGUCUAUUAAAAGCUGCCCCCAUUGCGGUUAUUAGAUGCCUCCUCGAGCUCCAUGCACCGUGAUAGCCCGCAGAGAAAGUGGAUCUAUGGAUGCAGAGUAGAUCUCUCCGAUCGAGAUUUGGCACGCACGCAGAGAGCUGAACGAGGUGUGAAAAAUUGGGGUGCAGGGAGAGAGGACUGAUCGGUGGCAGUGAUGGAUGUCAAGAUGGUGGAGGAGAAGGCGAUCGGCUGCGCACGAGGAGCUCAGACGCGGUUCGUUGUGGCGUGCUGCAGGCUGCAUCCAUGGGUUCGGAUCCCCGUGAUGGCUGCAGCAGAGGCCUUAUACUGGGCUUCUCUGGGAUUGGCUGUGAUGAUCGUCGGGGCGUUCAUGGUGUUCUUCGUGCUGCUGCUGCUGGGCCCGUAUCUGGCUUUCUCUCUGUUGCUGUACAGGUUCACUCCGCUGUCAAAGUCAUCGGAGCAGCACCAGAGCACGGGGAUUUUGGUGCUGGUGGCUAGCGUGUUGGUAUUCUCGGGGGGCUACCGACUUUUGAGAAAGUAUCCGCAGCUGAGGAACAUGGACAAUCUGACGAAGUUGGAGUUGAUUCCCGUGGUUUUGCAGAUCAGUGUUUAUUACGCGUUCUUAGCCUUUUGCUCUUUCCUCUCUGCUGUGUUGACGUUUGACUUCCUGGUGGCUGUGUACUGGGCUUGCUUUGGGGUCGUGUACGUGAUCGUUCUGUUCUUCCAGAUGCUGGGCCUCAUUCCCUGGUACGUUCUCGUGCCCUUCACCGUGUUCACGCCCCUCUUCGUCGUCAGCUUGCUGACGAGGGUGCCUUUCUGGCAAGCGGAGCCCUCGUCCUCUGCUGCUGCGGUCGCCGAUCAUGACAAAUUCCAGCACAGCUUACGGCUUAGAAGCACUCUUCCCGUUUGACAGUCGGGGCUCAUUCAGUGCAUACUCAAAGUAUCUAAGAUCGAACAUAUUUCUGUCACCAUCUGGGAGCUGAGAAUUCCUCCACUGGCCCCGUACUUGCAACCAUGCCCUGAAUUCCUUGGGCGCGAAUCGAGAGCUGGCUGGCCAUCUUGCGGCGAUGGGCCCUGCAUUGCGCAAACGAGCAGUCCAGCGAGCAAGACACUCCAGCUACGGACCACCGAAAAGAUUGCCAAGCCGCGGGAGUGACGGGCUCUGGCUCCUUCGACCUCGGGGCUCUAUCAAGCUUACCGAUCAAAUGCUGCCGAUCGAUAAUUUCCCAAAAGACGCGAAGCGCUGACGCAUAAGUACAGCAUACGAACCGAAAUCUGACCUAGAGUCCGUAACCUUUGCAAAAGACUUCAACGAUGAUAAUCUCUUAAGAGGUCAAUCAGAUAGAAUAUCAGAUUUAGCUAUCUCCCUCGUGCUUUCGAGGCGGAAGAGGUUAAUGUCGAUAAUAAUCCACUACGAGAAGUGAACCGAAAAUGUUGUAACACUUCGAUCCACAACGAGAGGUUGUUUCUUGUAAUAUAUGACAUCACCGAAGAAGAAACCUCGGUCACAGCUAUCCUUCCUCGCAGUAACCGAGGAGCAGGGAAUGGAUAUCAGAUUAGCUUGAAAUGGUCUCCCUAGCUUUACGGGACAUUGGUACGGGACAGCUGUUGCACUCGUGUCUCGAGUUGAAGCUUCAAUCGUAGCCCUCACGGUAACGUGUUAUCCAGGUAGGCAGGAAUGGAUUGGACAGCUGAGGAUGUAGAGAAGAAAAGCUGAUCCGAAGCUCGGAGGAGGUCAGGAGGAGGUCAGGGGCUCGCUAUUCAACUUGCCAUGCAAUUAGUUUUGUGUCGCAUGCUAGACACUGUAAUGGCCUGUUUGGUCGCAUGCGGAUGGGAUGGGAUUGGGUCGAUCAAAGGCGGCUUCCGAGGAUGGCGGAAGCGGUAAGAAUAUUGGACCCAGAAAACUGUAGGCGGCUGACCUCCAGACCCAAAUGAUGUGGGAGCGAGGGAUGCGGGAUGCAAUCAGUCUCCGGCGAUCGUACAGACUGUUUCGAAAGCAUCACAAAAACCAAUAAAGUUUCGUGCGAGGAUAGCCUGGUCUGAUUUC